CCGCCAGAAAAUUUGACGCGGGAAGAGAUUGAGGUUUGGACAGAGAAGAAACAAACGCCCAUCAGGUUGAGGGUGUUCAACAUCAUGAAAAGUUGGUUGGAGAACUAUUACAUUGAACCCACCAGUUUGCUCAGGGUCAUUGACAAACGGCAACAACAAGACAAGGCUCCCACCUUCAAGGUAAUGGUGCUCACAAAUUCCGUGCCACCACCACCAUCCAUCCUACCAAAGAACAUGAAGAAAAUAAAAUUCUUGGACCUUGACCCGUUGGAAAUUGCCAGACAGUUGACGAUCAUUGAGAGCAAGCUUUAUAAUAAGAUUCAGCCCGUGGAAUGUUUGAAUAAGGCGUGGAGUAAGGAAGAAGGCGUUGGCGGCGAA